CUGAAGCUGGGCAUAUACGCCGACCUGGGCACCUUCACCUGCGGGGGCUACCCGGGCACCACGCUGGACCUUGUGCACCAGGAUGCCCAGACCUUUGCGGAGUGGGGGGUGGACAUGCUGAAGCUGGACGGGUGCUACUCAUCAGCAGAGGAGCAGGCAAAGGGCUAUCCAGAAAUGGCGAGGGCCUUGAAUGCCACGGGCCGCCCUAUUGUCUACUCCUGCAGCUGGCCAGCCUACCAGGGGGGGCUCCCCCCCAAGGUGAACUACACCGUCCUGGCAGAGUUCUGCAAUCUGUGGCGUAACUACGGCGACAUCCAGGACUCGUGGAGCAGCGUGCUGAACAUCCUGGACUGGUUCUUCAACAACCAGGACGUGCUGCAGCCAGCAGCAGGCCCUGGCCACUGGAACGACCCAGACAUGCUUAUCAUUGGAAACUUUGGCCUCAGCUACGAGCAGUCACGCUCCCAAAUGGCCUUGUGGACAGUGAUGGCAGCUCCACUCCUCAUGUCCACGGACCUCCGCAGCAUCUCCCCGAGCGCCAAGGAGAUCCUGCAGAACCCCCUGAUGAUCCAGAUCAACCAGGACCCCCUGGGCAUCCAGGGGCGCAGGAUUGUCAAGGAGAAGUCCCAGAUCGAGGUGUUCCUGCGCCCGCUGUCCCAGGGUGCCAGUGCCCUCGUGUUCUUCAGCCGCAGGACAGACAUGCCCUUCCGCUACAGCACCAGCCUGGCCAGGCUCCACUUCCCCGAGGGCGCCGUGUACCAGGUACAAGACGUGUACAGCGGGCAGAUCAUCAGUGGCCUGAAGACAGGAGACAGCUUUUCAGUGGUGGUGAACCCCUCGGGGGUGGUGAUGUGGUACCUCUACCCCACGGCUCUCCCGGCGCAGGGCCCCGAGGGGGGCUUCCAGCCCGUCCUCCUGUGA